AUGGCCUCCAAUAACCUGCCGCCUGGGAUGCCAACGGUGGCCGAUAUGCAGAAGCUCAUGACUUCCCUGGCCCAGAUGCAAUACAUGAUGCUCAGCCAGGGACAGGGCCAGGGCCAGGGCAGCAGCCUUCCUGCCCAAGGGGAGCAGCAGCCUCCUCUAGAGACCGCCCCGAAGACCGAGGAAACGGACCACGAGGCCCCGGAGGAGGCGAAUGCCGAGACUGGCCAUGAGCCCGAGGGCGAGGAGGACACCCAGGACUUCGAGGAAGAGCAGGAGGAAGUCAACUUGGAGCCGGAAGUCCCAAAGGCCAGCCCCCCGGUCAAGAAGGCGACUCAGUACGAGUACGAGACCCCGGACCAGCCGGUGAAGACCAUCUACAAAAGAGUUGGAUGGUAUACCAUCGACAAGAACACCAAGCUGGAGAUCUUGGCAAGGCUCCAUCACAGGCCGAAGAAGGAGGAAAAGAACGAUGGUGCUGGUGUGGGCUCUGUUCGGGAGGUCUUGAAGCCGAAGCCGAAGGUGCUCCCGGUGAAGAAUGCCGUGCCGGAGCCGCCGGGAGCAAACGCGAGAAGGAGGCGGACCACUACGGCAGCAAGCGAGCUCGUGGCUCUGGUUCCGGUGGCCAUGGUUCUCGAGGCCCAGAAGGAUGUGAAGCAGGCUUCGUUGGACAUUCCUGCAAGCACUCCUUCCGUCUCGAAGCAGAAGAAACGCAGCAUCGAGCCGGAGGGCGAAGGUUCCUCCACCAAGCGGCCCCGGUCGCUGUUCCAGACUCCGACUCCUCGCACCAAGGUCAAGAAGGAGAGCGAGGAAGAUGAGCAGAGUGAUCAGUCGGAUCGCGAGAGCCUGGGCGACAUGGAGGGCGAGGACAACGACCUCUUCGGCGAAGGUCGCUUUGCCUUGAAAGGUGCUCCCGAGCCAGCCGAGGCCCCAGGCAAGACCAAGGAGGAGCCGAAGGAGGAGUUGCACGACAAGCCAAAGGAGGAGCCGCAAGGGGAGGAGCCAGGUGUAAAGGACGAGCACUGGCAAAGCCUGGACGACGACAUGAAGGCCAUGCUGCAGACGCUGGAGGGAGAGCUCCUGGAUGCUUUGCCCACGAGUGCCUCCGCGAAUGAUGUUCGACACUUCGUCAAGAUCCUCUGCGAAGAAGGAAUCCUCACUUUGAAAGAUGCCCUGGAAUUCCUGGCUGAUGCAGACGGCUCCUGGAUUGAAGAUCUCGGCGAACAGUCUCUGCGAUCCUUUAAGAGCCUCACUAUGCGGGGAAAGAAGGCUUUCACUGACUGGCCCAAGAAGUUGAAGGAGUGGACCGAAGCAGUGCUCUGUCUCAUGUUAUGCAUCUCUCCGUCAGUUCUUGUCCGCCAGGAGAUGGAAGCUGCCAGGACGGAGCCGUGA